UUUCAUAUGUUGUGAAGAAAAAUCCUCCCUAAAUUAAACCCCAAAAUUACGACACUGUUUCCGCCAUUAGGGUUCUUCUAGUCUCAGAAUCCCCCAAAUUCCUAUACUAAACUCCACACCUCCGAAUCCUGAAGUAGGGCUUCUCUUGCACGACAUGUUGUUGGGCAGACCCAAAGACGGGGACAUGCAACUGGUGGCCGGGCCGGAGAGGAAACAAGCCCAGGGGCCUGACAGGAAACUAAUGCUAUCCUCUAGGCCACCGACUGCAGCUGGUUCGACGGCGCUUGUGGAGUAUACGCCUCCUGUGUUCAAGGAGGAGGAAGAUGACCUCAAGAUCAAGCUCCGGAGGAUUCUCAAAAAUUUCCCGGUUCGCGUCAGUGACACCUCCGGUAGCUCCGCCGUCGGCUCUGGCGACUUCCAACAGUAUCAGCAAAUGAGACGGAAAGAGCAAGACAGGAUUGCUAGGAUGGACGCGGACUAUCAGAGAAGGAACGAAGAGGCCGAAUUCAAUAUGAGAAGGGAGGAAAGACUGGGAGAGGCUGAAGAAAAGACAGCAAAAAAGCGUUUGAAACGCCAAAAGAAAAACCAGAGAAAAAAGGAGAAGAAGAUGAAAACAAAUUCAGGUGGGGAAGAGAAACAGAAAGAAGAGUCUUCGGAUGAUGAGGGGAAUUCUGAUGAUCAAACUGAACAAGCUUGUACGAAGUUUUAAUUCUUGAUGCAUCGGCUCAAAGCUUGGUAUCCGUGUGCAUUGCAAAGUAAAGGAGCAAAGCAUGCACCAACGUAAUUGGGAUUUCAUUUUUCUCAAGUCUAGAAUUGCCGUGUUUGCCGCCGAAAUUCGAUUGUAUGUAUUCCAAGAUGUAACAUCCCAAGGGAUUAGAACAAAUUAAAUUUUGAUUUAGUUUAACUAUUUUCUUGAUAUAAAACUGCAAUGUUGAACAAAAA